AUGGCGACUACUGGGGGAGCCGCUGCAGCCAGCGGCGAGGACAAUAACAGCGGGGGCAAGAUUCCCGUACCCGUCUUCGACUGCACGAGCAAGACGAUGAAGAAGUUCUGCCGGGAGGUCGCCACCUGGCAGAUUGGCACCGAGGUCACGCUGCCCAAGCAGGGCGCGACGCUUUCGGCCAGCCUCAAGGGCAGGGCCGAGGAGGCGCGCGAGGAGCUCGACUUGGAGGCCAUCAAGGGCGACGACUCGGUGGAGGUACUGGAGUUGCCGGCGCUCCUGGAGACAUUCGUGAAGCCGGCGUGCAUCCGGCGCGAGUUCGAGGAGAUCCGCGAUUUCAACGAUCGCUUCAACGGCAUUGCGACGAAGGUGAAGGCCAAGGACAUACAGGUGCCCGACAUGGUCUUGGCCGACCUGUACAUCGAGGGCGCUCGCUUGCCACAGGAGCGCGCGGCGAGCGUGCUCAACGGCGUGGGCAACAAGUUCAGUCCGACGAAGAUCCAGGGGCAGCUCAUGAUCAAUCUGCCCGAAGUAUCGGUCGUGGACGGCCACAAGGAGCAUCGCCACGACAAAGGCGGCUACGGAGGUCACAGAACGGACCACAAGACGGUGUACGCCACGGAGGCCUACGACGAGGCCGAGAACGACGGCGCGUCCACCGACAGCUCCGAAGGCUACGACGACGAUUUGCCGGACGAGCUACAGGGCGUGAUAGGCCAGGCGGAGGAGCAGGUGGCUUUCUUCACCAAGAAGAUGGUGCACGCUAAGGACAAGCUAGAGGAGGCCAAGCAGGCGCGCGGCCACUUCGCCAAGCGAGACGGCGGGCACCCGCCGAAGAAGGACGACGCCAAGAUCGCCAAGAUGGAGGCGAGGACGCACUGUGGAGCACGUGGCCAGAAGGGCCGCUGGCGCGGCGACCCGCAGCGCCCCAAGAAGAACGACCCCAACGCGAGGGCCGACAUCCCGCGAAAGGGACGUCACAAGACGAACAGGACUACGAACGACGGGGCCGGCGACGCGCAGGAGCCCCACGUCGCAGAGAUGACGGUCGCGGCGGCCUACCAGCACGAGCAGCUGAGGGCGGCGCGAGACCGGAGGAAGGUCACCUUCGGCAACGCGCUGUACGACAUCGACUGGGCGAACAUGCGCCAGCAGGCCAACGUGCCCGAGGAGGUGACGGUCACCUCGUUCUACAUCAACAUGGACAACCAGUGCCUCAUGGCCGCGACGGGUUUGGCGCUCAUCUACAUCAGCGUCGAAGACCUACUCAAGGAGUCGUGCGGCAAGCUGACUUUCGACGCCGUCUGCUCGCGGUGCGUCGGCGGCCUGGACUGGCACAACGAUAUCAAGAAGAAGCUGGUGGCUAUCAACAUCCAGCCGAUCGAGUGCCCGCAGAAGGCGCCGUUCCGCUUCGGAGCGCCCAAGGUUGCGCACGGCCUCAAGGCGGCGCUGAUUCCCUGCUCGGUGAACGGCAAGGCUUUCACCGUGCGCGUGAGCAUCGUGCGCAGCGCCGUGCCGGGACUGUUGAGCCGCCAGGCCCAGAGCGAAUUGGGCGUCGUCUACCGCGCGGGGGGCAACGAGCAGGACAGCAAGUCCGCCAGCGACCGCGGCGCCCUGAUGGGCCUGAGCCGCGCCGGACACCCGACGCUCGAGAUUGCAGGCUUUGCGCCAGGCUGCAAGUCUGUGUCGGACGUCUCGGACACCAAGACCGAGAUCUGCACGCGGAUGGGGGACCUACAGGCGGAGGUGGCAAGCUACGAGUUGGAUGUGCGCGACGCGAUGUGCUACCAGCUCCGAGUCAUCUUGCGCGCGCUGAGGGCCGAGGGCCAGGACAAGAUGGCGCAGGACAUCCCCGGGCUCGGCAAGAUGCACGAGCACGAGCUCCUGGAGUUGCGCAGGAUGAAGGACAUCGACUUCGACCAGCACGCGACCGUGCCGGAACUCAGGCAGCGCCUGAAGGGCUGGGAGGUCGAGGGCGCGGACAGCGGCGCCUCGAGCAACGUGGCCCAUCCAAGCUCGCAGAUCACGGGGGGCGACAGGAUGCGCUUCGGCAAGUACCCGACCGCGGAUAACCCCUGGGUGCUCAAGAACGACCUGGGCUACGCGCAGUGGGCGGUGCUGGAGCUGGACAACAGCCAGGCGAGCCCGCCCCUGGCGCGCUUCGGCAGGUGGGUCAAGGCUCACAGAGCGAAGCCGCUCGCGCCAGAGAAGGCCAGGACCACCAUCGAGGCGGUGAUGGCCGAGGAGGCGGUCCUGGACUACGAGUCGGCGACGCCGACGGCGGCGACCCAGCGGGCCUCAGUCAAGGCAGCUGGGCGGGUCACCGCCGCCCGAGUCCGGUCGAGGGGCGCGAGCAUCAAGAAGGGCAAGCGCGUCGGCCUACUCUACCAGGUCACGGGCUUGCUGAGCGCUUUCGCUUUUCAGGCGGUGCUCGCGGCGGACUGGCUGUCCCAACCUCUCAAGCCGUUCGCUCAGUAUGCGACGAGCGCCGCGCAGGACGUGGCGGACCACAUGAGGAACGUCAAGGGGGUCUACACCGUCCGGUGCCACGGCGUGGACGUCAUGCAGGUGUUCGGAGGCGAAGGCGGCGUUACCGAGGCGGCAGUGCGCCGCAACAGGACAGCCACGGAGGUGAUCGACCGCAAGUGCGGCUCGGACCUCCGCAAGCAGAAGGACCUCGAGAUGACGCACGAGCGGCGCUACGCAUCGAGGCCGAAGUCGGUGUCGAUCGAGCUGCCAUGCACCUACUACACGAACAUUACGCACCUCAGCUUCCGCACGCCGCAGGGCAAGCAGGUGCGAUAUGUGCGAGUACGGGGCUUGACACUACAAGACGGGGGGCUCAUCAAGCACCCCGCCAAGCUGCUCGUCACCAAUGAGAAGUUCGAGCGGCUACGCCGCACCUACAGCCACAAGCACUACGACCAGACGUUCGGGGACAACGUGGCGGCGCGGAGUUCUGGCGCUUAUCCAGCCAAGUUCUGCCGGGCGGUGGUGCGCAUCGUCGAGCAGAUCAUUCGCCGGCAGGGUGGGCUUCGCGCCUGCCAGGUGGACGGCGGCGCUUACUCGUCGCCCUUCAUCGCGACGGGGCUGAAACAGCAGGCCACCGCCUACGUGAACGAUGCCGCGCCCCUGGGAAAGACGGGCGAGCCUAUUGGGGGCCCAGACCCCAUGGGCGGCGGAGACGACUUCGCCGACAGUCACGACGUCAAGGCCGACGAGUCUGUGGACGGCAGGAUCGGGGUCGGCGCGAUCCUUUUCACAAGGAAAGCAGCAGCCCGGUGCAAGCCAGCCGAGCUGGCCAUGCUCAAGAGACUCCACUUCAACUUGGGCCAUCCGUCCAAUAAAGACUUGAGCCGCAGUCUGCGACUCGAGGGCGCCAAAUCGGCCACCGUGCAGGGGCCAGCGCGCCUCCACUUCGUGCAGGAUUUCGGCGACGACGUGGGCUUCGAUUGCUUCGAGCCCAAUGACGUCGACGGCAAGAGCUACUGGUACUUCAGCAUCGUCGACUUGGCCACCACCUUCCACGUCGCGACGCUGAUCGGUCGCCACACCAGCCAGGAGUUCGCUACGGCCUUCGAGAGAUGCUGGGCCUCCUGGGCCGGCGUCCCAGACCGAGUCCACUUCGAAAUGGAGAGGGGGCUCGGCGGCGUUCUCAGCGAGCUGUUCCAGUCUUUCGACACGGUGCAGCUACCUAUCGCUGGACAGGCCCACUGGCAGCUCGGUCGAGUGGAACGUCAGGGAGCCUGGCGGAAGGAGCUCGCUGCAAGGACGAUCGAGCACUCGUCGAUCAGGGGCGAGGACGAGAUGCGGCGGGCCGGCUUCAGCCCCGCGCAGUGGGUGCUGGGGCGCGAUCCCGAGAUGCCCGCCGACCUGGUGGACGACACGGCCAACUACAGUGCCCACAGCCUCGCUACCAAUGACGAGAAGAUACGCCGCCGAUAUGCUAUUCGGACGGCGGCGCGCGAGUCGUUCAUGCGGGGCGAGAUGUGCUACAUUCUCCGCCAAGCCAAGAAGAAGGAGCAGAAGGAGCAGCACAGCCACAACGCCAAGAAGGGCAUCUGGCUGGGGCCGUGCGUGGUCAUCGGUCACCAGGGCAAUAAUGCCUGGGUCUCGCUGGGAGGGCUCACCAUGCUGGUGGCCCCGGAGCACAUCAAGGCCGUGGCCGAGCUCAACAGGGCUCGCGAUUCACUCGAGCAGGAGGAGGCCCCGGUGGAGGACAUCCGCCCAGAGCCGGGCCAGCCCGAGGUCCAGCCAGACGAGAUGGAGCAGGCGUGGCGGGAGCUCAUCGACAGCCCAGACGACGACGACCUGAAGCUGAACUUUCCUGAGGACCCGAAUCUCCAGGAGCAGAUCGAGGUGCUGCCCGCCGACCGAGCCGACAUGCCUCAGUCAGCCUUAGAGGAGCAGCCUUACGGCCCCGCCGAGUUCCGACGACGGCGAGCGACCUUCGACGGGGCGGACAGCGGCGACUUCGGCCCAGCCCUCAAGCGCCUGCAGACCGCCAAGGAGCCCGCGGGCUCCGGAGGACCGCCCUCGAGGGCAGCCUCGCGCGAUCGGGCGGCCGUGUCCGACGGCGGAGCAGCGGCCGGAUCCGAGCCGGAGGGCGCUAGAGGGCGUUCGAGGUCGGCUCCCAGAGAAGCGAUGCAGACUUCCAUCGUCGCCGAGAGGAUCAAGCGCAAGCAAGCCGACAAGGAAGACCACUGGAGGGCCAUUCAGGACUCCGACAGGGAGCUCUACCGAGAGGCGGCGGCCAAGCAGUGGAGCGAGUGGCAGAAGUACGGAUCCUGUCAGGUGCUCACCAUCGAGGAGUCCGAGGCGGUCAGGGGCAGGGUUAAGGCCGACCUCAUCUUGCCCAGCCGGUUCGUGUACCGGGACAAGAACGCGCCGCUGCGGACAGACAAGCACCCUUUGCCGGUCAAGGCCAAGGCCCGACUCUGCGUCGGGGGUCACAUGGACCCGCGUCUGGCUCAGGGCGACCUGCGCACAGACGCGCCUACGGUCACCCGCAACUCGACUAUGCUGUUCUUCACCAUCUGCCAGAGGUUCGACCCGGAGAUUUACGCAGCGGGCGUCGAG